UGCCCCGUUAUUGCCGACUCUUUACUGUCUGCGGCUGCGCCUUUUCCGCAUGCUCCGCCAAGCAGCAGCAGCAGCAGGAGGAGGCGGCGGCUAGCAGCAGAAGAGCAGACCAACAAGAGUCGGAGAAGCCUCCCCUAGCUUCGCUAUGCAGCCCAUCAAGGUGUACGCCGACCGGCGGUCGCAGCCCUCCCGAGCCGUCAUCAUCUUCUGCAGGGUGAAUCAGAUCGAUUUCGAGGAGAUCACGGUGGAUCUGUUCAAGUCUCAGCACCUCACCGCCGAAUUCAGAAAAAUAAACCCGAUGGGACAAGUGCCUGCAAUUGUUGAUGGAAGAUUCAAACUAUUUGAGAGUCAUGCUAUUUUGAGGUACCUCGCAUCCGUGUUCCCCGGAGUUGCAGAUCAUUGGUAUCCUGCUGACUUGUUCACCAGAGCCAAAAUUGAGUCAAUCUUGGAUUGGCAUCACUCAAAUUUGCGUCGUGGUGCAGCAACCCUUGUAAUGCACACAGCACUGGCUCCCUUUCUUGGUCUUGCGACAAGUCCUCAUGUUGUAAAACAAGCAGAAAAACUUCUAAUGCAGUCACUAGGAAGGAUUGAAUCAGUGUGGCUGAAGGGUGAUGCAAAGUUCUUGCUAGGUAGCCCCCAGCCAUCAAUUGCAGAUCUGAGCCUUGUUUGUGAAAUAAUGCAAUUGGAGCUUUGCAGAUCCUUGGCGAUGACGAACGUGACCGAUUUCUGGGAGCUCAUGAGAAGAUCCUCAUCUGGAUGGAUAAUGUGAAGAAAGCCACCAGCCCUCAUUUUGAGGAAGCCCAUGAGCUCCUUUUCCAAGUGAAGGCCAGCAUGCUAAGCAAUGCUGCUGCAGCAAACCAGACUUCUGAGCCAAGCACGAAGCUCAAAAUUGUGUCAAAGCUCUGAGAUGUAGCACCAAAAGAACUACAGAAAGGGGAAGAUACUGUUGCAACUUGCAAGUAUAAAUAGAACAUUGCAAUAAGCGUCGGGAAGAGAUUAUGGGCGCUGUGAAAAUUGUGGUGCGUUGCAUAGAUCAGCAAGUAACCCCCACCUUACAAGUGGUUCCUUGCGGAUCAUACUGAUGAAAAUUUAAAACAAAACUGGACUUGUAUGAAAACUGUUUAUCUACGCUGUACAUGAUCCUUACUAGUGCAUCCCUCCUUACUGAUAAA